GACCCUCCUAUGAUAUAUAGAUAUAUUUUAAAGAGAAACCCACAGAGGAAAUACCUCAGCAGAUCUCUGCGUCUGAAUAACAAUAACAUCACAGAACUGCAUGAGCUCCAAACCACUGUCAGCCACUUCCUGGCUGAACCCUCACGCCUCGCCUGGCUUGACCUUUCCUUUAAUAAAAUCUCACACAUAGACCAGGUUUUGUGCGAGUUGCAUGGCCUCCAUGUGUUAUAUCUUCAUGGGAACAACAUUUCAUUCUCAGAGGUGGACAGGUUGGGCGUUCUGCCUCAUCUUCACUCCAUCACUCUGCAUGGAAAUCCCAUAGAAACCAACAAGACACACAGGUACUAUGCAUGCAUGAAUUCUGCAACAGAUGCUUAAAAACUGAUCAAAUUCAACAUCCACUCCCGUCUCUAAACUUUAUCAGUUUGCACCAAAAAGGGCUACUGUUAAACUACCUUCCACCGAGGCAGUUUCUUAUAAAUCUGCAGCUUUUUCACC